AUGGAGUUCAAGUAUUAUGCUCUAAGUUGGUGGAAACAGGUUGAGACAGCACGAGCUUAUAGUGGGGCUUAUGAGAUAUCUACUUGGGGAGAAAUGAAAAGGGUUAUGAGGCAGCGGUUCGCUCCCAAUCAUUAUCAGCGUGAACCUCAUUCCAAGAUAAGGAAGCAUAGCCAAGGAACUCGUUCGGUUGAGGAGUACUAUAGUAGCCAUGGGAAGACGAAACCGAAGCAGCCUGACAAGAUCACAAAGCCUUAUCCAAGACGUUUCUCUAAAGAGACCAGUCCUGAACCACAAGAAAGCAUUCAAAGCAAAGGAAAGCAUUCUGUUUCUCAACAAUUACAAGAAUUAACCUUUUGCAGGACCAGGAACAGAGACCAUGAUGCUAAGGAGCUCCCAAGCAAGGUGAUCCCUUCCUCUAUUAGUCCAAAGCCUCUGGCAGCAGAAAGUGUCAAAGAAGUGCCAAAGGAUCACGCAGAGAAAAGUUUAGGUGCCAAAGAUGUUUCAGUCCAAACCUCCUGUUACAAACUUCAAGGCAACAAGAAACAAGAAAUUGUUUCAGUCUCUAACAAUGGAAAGGUACAAGUUAAACUUUCUCAAACUGUUUAUGAUGAUUCCAUGACUGGUAUAAUGCACUUGUCUUUCUCCAAAAGUGUUGAGACAGGUACAGGGUUUAAUGGAGAACAAAUGGAGAAAGCAAAUCAAGAAGAGGAGAUUCAACCAAACCUGGAUCCGCCAGAAUCUAAACCACCAGACCAACAACUACAAGACCAUGAGUUCAAUCCAGAAGGACCAGAACCGAACAACAAGAGGAAGUCAAAAUCAGAACAAGAAUACAGUCAAGCCAUGCCUACUUCUAAGCUAAGUGAAUUCUUAAACCAACACAUUCAUCCUGUCUUUUUAACUGUCUUAAUGCACUUGUCUUGGUUUAAAGAAGUUGAGAAAGGUACAGGUGAGCAAGAGAGACGCCUAGAAGCUCACAAAGCUUUAACUUGCCAUACCAAGAAGGAGUAUGAGCAACAUGUUCUUAAGCCAAUUGCCGCAGCUGAUUCACUAAUGAGCGUUUUGAAUAGUACACAGGUAAGUGAAGCUCAAUACUUGAUUUACUAUUGGGAUCAUUUCAUGAUACAUCAGAAACUUCAGAAUUUUGUUUUUGAAAUUCCCAUUUCAAGUAUAAUGCACUUGUUCUUUUCCUUGAGUGUCAAAAAAGGAUCAGGUUUUAUGAAGAAGCAUAAGGAACUGGAAGAAGCAGCAUCAAAGAACAACAUAUUCUCAUCUCACGUUCAUCUCAUUCCCUGUUCACCUAUGGUUAUUUGUUUGAGUUCUCUAUUUACCAAAGGCGAGGCAACACUGAACCAAAAUCAAGAAGAGUGGCUCACAUUUUCCAAUCCAAUUCCAGAGAAACCACCAGACUCUUAUCUAGGAUAUCUAAAGAAGCAAACCCAAGGUAAGUAUCUAGAUUCCCAAAGGCGUAUGAGACCUAAUUUGCUUUCUUUUGGUACAGGUCAACUAGUUUUGAGGACAAAACUUUUUCAAGAGGGAGGGGAUGAUGCGAUCAUGGAUGAGGAGGUUCAGGAAAAGCAGCUUUUGGUCGAGGAAGGGGAUGGAAUGGAGCAGCUUGAAGCCGAGGAGGGACUUGAAGCCGCACAACUUGAACCUGAUGGAGCUAAACAUAUGGAGCUGGAACCUGACGCAAUUAAAGAGCUUGCAGCUGAGAAGGAGCUUGUUUCCAAGGAUUCUGUAGCUGCGCCAAUGGAACUGAUUACUCAUUCUGGAGUUAAUCUUGAGCCAAGAUGGAGAAGACAUGAUCCUAAACCUCCCUGGUUUUUGAUCCAAGCUCAAGAGAUCAGCAAAUGGGCAUGUGUCUCAUUUGUACUCUUUUUCCCUUGUCAAGUUUUGUCCCAAUGGGUUUUCUUGACAAGGUUUUUAAUGAGGCAAAUGGGUCACAUACAAAUCACCCAUUUAGCUGAUCAAGACCAAGGCCCAUCAAUAAAGAAGACCAAAAAUGUGGCCAUGAAGAUCAAGGGUCAUAUUUGUGUUCAAACUUUGUUUUAA